CUUCUGGGAACUAGUCAACCCAACUCAGUGAAACACACACUGAAUGCAUGCUGGCCCCGCCCACCCACCUACCUCUACCAACCACCACUCCAUAUCCUGACUGACAUGACCUGUGAUCCAGUGAUUGACAGGAGAGGAAAGACAGGCCAGCUUUGUUAGCUGUUCGUUAGGAUAUGCUCGAGAGGACAAAAGAUUUUGCACCUCCUUAUUGUUGGACCUCUGUGUGGAAACUGCAAACGGGAUGUUAUAAGGAGCCAUGACAUCCCAUCAUGUCCGUGGGAUGCUUGCUUUCCUCAGUUUAUUCCUGAUUUCAUUUACACCACAUUGCGAUGGAGGAAACAUUCUGGUGGUUCCUGUAGAUGGCAGCCACUGGAUCAAUAUGAAAAUCCUGCUGGAAGAACUUCAUGCUAGGGGACACAAUCUCACUGUGAUCAGGGCCUCCACGAGCUGGUACAUCCCUGAAAAGUCUGAUCUAUACACAUCCAUUACAGUUGAAAUGGCUGUAAAUGUUGAGCACUUUUUUGGCGGGUGUCUAGAGGAGCAGGUGGAGGUGCAAAGAGAGGGGGCAUCAGUGAUGACUUCCUUCAAACUCACCAAGAAAUUUUUUUCUUUAAUUUCUUAUGCACAUUCACUGUGGUAUGAUGCUUUGAAAUAUAUUUUUGAUGAUCAAAAUAUGAUCCAGAGAUUAAGAGAUUCCCAGUAUGAUCUGGUUCUAACUGAUCCAGCUUUGGCCCCAGGGGUUAUUCUAGCCAAAUAUCUCAAGCUUCCCUUAGUGCUCAACGUACGCUGGAUCACCAGUGGAGAAGGCCACUUUGUGUUAGCUCCCUCACCCCUCUCCUACAUCCCAGUGCCAGGAUCCGGCUUAACAGACAAAAUGAAUUUCAUCCAGAGGAUCAAGAACAUUUUUUUCCAUAGCAUUAUACUGUUUCAGCAGAAAUUUUUAGUGGACCCAGUAUAUAAUGACAUGUGUGAUAAGUAUAUUGAAGGUGGAUGUGAUGUCAUCUCACUACUACAGGAAGCAGACAUUUGGUUGUUCAGGUCAGAUUUUGUGUUUGAGUUCCCUCGCCCCACUAUGCCAAAUGUUGUCUAUAUAGGAGGAUUUCAGUGCAAACCAGCUCGGCCUCUGCCAGCAGAGCUGGAGGAGUUUGUUCAGAGUGCUGGGCAACAUGGAGUCAUCAUCAUGACUCUGGGAACUCAUGUCAAUGCUUUGCCCAAAGAGGUUACAGAGGAAAUCGCCAGUGUCUUUGCUAAGAUGCCCCAAAAGGUGAUCUGGAAGCAUAAAGGAGACCGACCCUCUACACUGGGAAACAACACUCUAAUAGUGGACUGGAUGCCACAGAAAGAUCUUCUGGGUCAUCCACAGACCAAAGUCUUUGUAGCACAUGGAGGAACUAAUGGUGUCCAGGAGGCCAUUUACUAUGGGGUCCCUGUGCUCGGCAUACCCUUGUUCUUUGACCAGUAUGAUAACCUUCUACGACUGCAGGAGAGAGGAGCUGGAAAGAUCAUUCAGCUAGUUGAUGUUAAUGGCCACAGUUUUGAGCAAGGGCUUCAGCAACUGCUCCAUCAAGAGAGCUACAGGCAGAACAUUCAAAGACUGUCACGUUUGCACAGAGAUCAGCCAAUAACACCCAUGGAGAAGGCCGUCUUCUGGGUAGAGUAUGUGAUGCGCCACAAAGGGGCUCGUCACCUGCGUACAGAGGCUUAUAAGAUGCCCUGGUACUCUUACUACUGUUUAGAUGUAGUGCUCAUAUUGCUGUCUGUGGUCACUGCACUGCUUCUCUCUAUUGUGGCUGUUUUCAGAUUUCUGUGCUGCCGAAGACAAAGAAAGAUAAAAACUAAACAAAACUAAAAUAAUUUCCAUCUAGAAGAUGACGUACUAUGUCUAUUACUCACUGUGGUUUAGUUUUGAUGCAAAGAGUUACUUGUAGCACACUUGUAAAUGAUUAAACCUCUACAAGAAACUGUAGAUUGCUCCCUGUCUAGAUGGGGUUAUUGUCACAGGCUAAAGAAGGAAAUUAUACCAGCAAAUUGUGCAAAUUUCACCAGAUGACUGGAUGACUGGACAGGUUUCACACUUAGAUGUGUUUGACAGCUUUGAAUGGGGGUAGGGGGGUCCUUCAUAGCCAACAGGUUUGCUGGACCAAGAUUUAGGGCAAAAUGUUCAAUGGUUUAUUUGCAGUAUAUGUUCAUGUUUCAUGAAACUGUUCAAUGAAACUGUUCCACGUAGUAACUUUUUAGUUAUAUUCACAGGCAAUAAAGUUAAAAUAACAAACACUUAAACCUUUAGGAAGUCUAUUUGUUGAUUCUGCCAUUGCUUUGUUUCUUUAAAGCACAGCUGGGAUUGUUUUUCUGGCUUUUUGCUUGGUGCAUCACAUGUUAAAAAACUCAAAUCAUAAUUUUUACAGUAUUGGCAAAAAUGUUGUUGCUAUUGGAGGGUUUAUGUACACCUAACCAUCACAUUUAAUCAGCAAAACCAACUGUAAAAUGAUGUUAUGUAACUACAACCUGAAGAAGUCUUACAUUUCCCAUUUGUACAGCCUUGGUCGUGUAUAUGAAACGUGUAUAAAUGGUUUUCUAUAGACUUCCUAUCUGU